CGGGGCGGAGCCGGACGGCGGGGGCCCUAGGAGACGAGCGCCGCGUGGUGGGUAGCAGGGCCCCCUAGCGCGCGGGCCUGCGGACGCUCGGACGAACAUGGUCCUUUCUUCGGAAGAAGAGAUCGGGCCCUCUCUCGUGGCUGGUUCGGGCGAUGAACCCGGAGCACCCACCCGGCCGGGAAGAAGGGGGCGGUCAGGCCGAGCUGUCUCUUUAAGACCGUGUUCCUGCUGACACCAGAUGCCAAGGCCUCCAUGGCUGUGAUAAGCCUGCUGUUCUUGGCAGUCAUGUACGUUGUUCACCACCCCCUGAUGGUCAGUGACAGGAUGGACCUGGACACCCUAGCCAGGAGCCGGCAGCUGGAAAAGCGACUGAGUGAGGAGAUGCGGCAAUUAGACAUAGAGUUUGAAGAAAGGAAGCAGGCAGCUGAGCAGAAACAGAAAGCAGAGGACUUCUGGCGAGGAGACAUACCCAAGGACAAGUUAGUUCUGGGGAAGAAAGACCAGGGGUGGCCGUUCCAGGCUGCUGGCCAGGAGGGGCCUCUGGGCUGGCUGCUGGGAAACCUGUGGAAUGCUGGCCUCUUCUGCCUCUUUCUCAUCUUUGAGCUCCUGCGGCAGAACAUGCAGCAUGAGCCGGCCUUUGAUUCCAGCAGUGAUGAGGAGGAGGAAGUCCGGGUUAUACCUGUCCUGUCUUCCAACUGGCUCACUGACUUCCCUUCCCAGGAGGCCUUGGAAUCCUUUUACAAACAGCAUAUCCAAAAUGCCAUCCGUGACCUCUCAGGCACCUGCGAGUUCGUGGAGGGUUUUGUGGAUGACCUGAUUGAAGCCUGUCGGGUGCUCAGCCGGCCAGAAGCUCACCUGCAGUUGGAGGACUGCCUGGGCAUCGGGGCUGCCUUUGAAAAGUGUGGAAUCCUCCACGAGACCCAGAAAUUUGAUGUCCUGGUGCCGAUUGUCCCACCAAAGGGCACCACAUUUGUCUUGGAGAUGAGGGAUCCGGCCCUUGGCCACCGCUGUGGCAGUGUGCUGGUGGAGUCCGAAUGCAUGUGCAAGCAUGAGAAGCUCCUGGGGGAUGUGUUGUGUCUGGUGCACCACCACAGGGACCCCUCGGCAGGCUCAGGCAAGUGUAACAGCUCCAUCAAAGCGUCUUUCUGCACCGGCACCCACCUGGAUGUGUGCAAGACUGUGCAGUGGUUCCGGAGCAUGGUGGGCAAUGCCUGGGCUCUAGUGGCCCACAAGUAUGACUUUAAGCUCAGUCUCCCACCAUCUGCCACCUCCUGUAAGCUCAGGCUGGACUACCGCUCGGGCCGUGUUCUCUCCAUCAGGUUGGUCCUGGGGGUACAGCGGGAGGACACCUUGGUCUACCUGGUGAGUCAGGCCUCUGAGCAGGAGCGGCUCACCAGCGUGCACUGGCCGGAGUCCUUUGCAGCCUGCGAGCACUUGUUCCUGAAGCUGGUCGGACGCUUUGCCCCCGAGAACACCUGUCACCUCAAGUGCCUCCAGAUUGUUUUGAGUCUCCGGGACUGCCAGAGGUUACCCAAGGGGGCGUCCCGCCCCAUCCUCACCUCCUACCACUUCAAAACGGCCCUCAUGCACCUGUUGCUACAGCUGCCCCUCACAGACUGGCAGCACAACAUGCUUUCUCAGCGACUCCAAGACCUGCUCUGGUUCCUGGGCCGUGGUCUCCAGCAAAGAUCCCUCCAUCAUUUCCUCAUUGGUAACCCUUUCCUGCCCCUGACCAUACCAAUUCCCAAGACGUUUCGGAAUGCUGAGCCUGUCAAUCUCUUCCAGCACUUGGUCCUGAACUCCACGGCAUACAGGCAGGCAGUGGAAGAGUUCCAGAACCUUCUGACCCAACUCAAAACUCUUCCCUGUGCCCCACUGGCUGGGGUAUCUUAAUAUAAAGGCCAUUUUGGAAAUGA